CCGUCGUGCGGUGCGAUUCUAGUCUUACCAUCGGCUUCGAUAAAAGUGUCCCUCGGCUAUUAUCCUGUCGGCUAUUAACGAACAAAUAAGAAAGCAUUCGCAUUCAAGUGAAAUGCGUCUUCUCGCGUUUAACAUUCUACUGCUGGCCUUCUGCGCCUCCUUGACCUUCUGGCCAGCAAGUGCCCUGAACUGCUACGAAUGCACUGGAAGCGGCUGCGACGACCUGGACAUGGUUCCCAUCGUCUCUUGUAAUAUUGAUGAUGCCCCGACCACAUCUACGAAUGAACCGGAAACAACGGAAACAACUGAUAUCAUAACCGAACAACCAGAUACAACAACCGAUGAGCCCCCUUCGGACUCCUCAACCACUAGUACUACAGUCACAACGCCAUCGGUAGGAACAACAAACACGGAACCGGGAACGGAUUCUACUACCGAUUCUACAACUGAUGCGGAGACCGAUUCUACAACCAGCGACUCUACAGAUUCUUCCACCUUUACGACCACCGAGACCACUGAUUCUUCCACCAACGAAUCCACAGAUUCUUCAACAACCGAUUCUUCCCCUUCGUCGCCCAGCGAAACUACAGAUUCUUCCAGCGAACCCACUGAUUCCUCAACAAACGAAUCUUCGGAGUCGUCAACGAACGAAUCUACAGAUUCAUCAACAAACGAGUCAACAGAUUCUUCAACCGUUUCUCCUAGCGAACCCACUGAUUCCUCAACGAACGAAUCUUCGGAAUCUUCAACGAACGAAUCUACAGAUUCAUCAACAAACGAGUCUACGGAUUCUUCCACUGCUUCUCCCAGCGAACCUACAGAUUCAUCAACGAACGAAUCUUCGGAGUCGUCAACAAACGAAUCUACAGAUUCAUCAACAAACGAGUCUACAGAUUCUUCCACUGCUUCUCCAAGUGAAUCUACAGAUUCAUCAACAAACGAGUCUACAGAUUCUUCAUCUGUUUCUCAAAGCGAAUCUACAGAUUCCUCAACGAGCAAUUCUUCUAGCGAGUCUACAGAUUCGUCAAGCGUUUCUCCCAGUGAGCCCACGGAUUCUUCAACAAGCGAUUCUCCCACUUCGUCGCCCAGCGAAACUACAGAUUCUUCCAGCGAGUCUACAGAGACUCCCGCUAAAUUUGAUAGAACCGUAAGUCGUCGUCGCCGUAGUCUGGCCGCCCAGGCCACAGAUGUGCUCCUACGGAACUACAGAACCAUUGCUCGGAAUCAAAGGGAUACGGAUGCCACCAUUAAGGUUGCUGCCUGCUAUAGCAUUAUCAAGCAGGGAGAGAUCCAUCGAGGCUGUAUUCGCGUACCUGAAGGCCAGGGCGCCUGCCAGGCUGUGAGGGAGGAGCUCGGCCUGAUGCAGGACGUCGCCGAUGAGUGCGACGUCUGCCUGACGGACAAGUGCAACGGAAGCACCAGCCUCCAGGUAUCCUUGGGUGCAAUGAUCCUGAUUGUGGGUCUGGGACUAAAAAGCCUUCUGUGAGGCUGAGAAAGUAUCCCAUUUGGAAGUUGGAAGUUUGGCAUUUGGAGUGCCUUUGUAAUAUAUGUAUGUUUAUUAGGUGAUUCGUACUUUCUAUUUA